CCUUCCGGGUGUCAUGGCGGCGGCGGAGUGUGUCAGCGGCCGCUGGUUUCCUGCUUUAGUGUUUGGAGUUUCUCUGAUGAAGAGUGUGUUCAUCAGUUCAUAUCACUCCACAGACUUUGAGGUGCACAGGAACUGGCUGGCGAUCACACACAGCCGGCCGGUGUCCAGGUGGUACCAUGAGAACUCGUCGGCCUGGACCCUGGACUACCCCCCCCUGUUCGCCUGGUUCGAGUUCGGCCUCUCCCAGGUGGCGCAGCACUUUGACAGAGACAUGCUGCAGGUGGAGAAUCUGAACUACGCCAGCUCGUGCACGGUUCUCUUUCAGAGGCUGUCGGUCAUCUUCACAGACCUGGUGUUUGCUCUCGGUGCCAGAGAGUGCUGCAGGUGCGUUCAGGAGCAGAAAGUCUCUCGGGACGUUCUGAGCCGUCCGUCCUUCGUCCUCGCCGUCCUGCUGCUCUUCAACUUCGGCCUCCUCAUCGUCGACCACGUUCACUUCCAGUAUAACGGCUUCCUGUUUGGUUUCCUGCUGCUGUCGCUGGCCAAACACCUGCAGUCUCAGCACCUACAGGGGGCGCUACUUUUCUCCAUCCUGCUCAACCUGAAGCACAUCUACCUGUAUGUGGCUCCAGCCUACGGCAUCUUCCUGCUGAGGAGUUACUGCUUCACUGAGGACAACAAAGACGGUUCUGUGAGGUGGACGAGCUUCAGCCUGCGGCGUCUGAUCGGUCUGGGAACCAUCGUGGCGAGCGUCUGCGCUCUGUCCUUCGGUCCGUUUGUUAUGAUGGGUCAGCUGCCGCAGGUCCUGUCUCGUCUCUUCCCCUUCAAGCGGGGCCUCUGCCACGCCUACUGGGCCCCAAACGUCUGGGCCCUCUACAACGUGCUGGACAAGAGCCUGGCGACGCUCGGAGUUGGUCUGAAGCUGCUGGACGAGACGCAGCUUCCUCGAGCCUCCAUGACGGGCGGGCUGGUUCAGGAGGUUCAACACUCGGUCCUUCCCUCCGUCUCUCCCUCCGUCACACUCGUCUGCACUCUUCUCUCCAUCCUGCCGGCGGUAGCCUCCAUCUGGUGGCGUCCUCGUGGGGCUCGAGGUUUUCUGCGCUGCCUGCUGCUCUGCGCUCUGGGCUCCUUCCUGUUCGGCUGGCACGUCCACGAGAAGGCUGUCCUCAUCGCCAUCCUGCCUCUGAGCAUCCUGGCGGUUGAGAGCAGAGAGGAUGCUGGGAUCUUCCUGGUCCUGAUGACCACAGGCCAUUACUCGCUGUUCCCACUGCUCUUCACCCCCGCAGAGCUGCCAAUCAAAGUCCUUCUGAUGCUGAUUUUUACCAUUUACUCUUUCACUGCUCUGAGGAAACUGCACAGCGGUCGGGGCUCGGUGUUGCGCCCCCUGGAGGUGGUCUACUUGCUCGGUCUGGUUGCCGUGGCAAUCGCCUGCGAAGUCCUCUUCCCUCUGUUACCGUGGCAACAGAAGCUGCCCUUCCUCCCCCUGCUGGUGACGUCGGUGUACUGCUCCCUGGGCGUCUGUUACUCCUUCCUGCGUCUGUACGUCAGUCUGCUGCGUCGGGAGAAGUCCAAACAGUUGUGAGACGGCGUUGUGUACCCGAGAGGUUGCUGGUUAGAUUCCCAACACACCUACAAGACACUGACACCAGCUGCUGUCCAUCAGUCAGAGGAGGAGACGCUCGUAUUUACAAAAACACAAAAACUUGUCUUCCUCUGGAAUUUGACCAAACAUCAUCAGACACGUCUUCAGUGGCUAAAGUGACAAACUUCACAAUUCACAUCAGCUGCAACUCGCACAAUGACACCAAACUGUGUGUGAAGAGGCGUCACUCUGCUCCCCCCCGUAAACGUUCUGUCGUCACAAACUGCAGCAGAGUGAGACGUCUGUUCUCCAGAGGAUCACAUCGACUGCUCUGAUUCGUCAGUCUCUGGAUCAAACAGCUGAUAAUCAAUAAUAAAGGUCUGUCGGUUGGUCAGGGGUCAGAGGUCAGAGGUCAGGGGUCAGAGGUCAGAGAAAACUGAAACACACAAACGACUGACAACCGGUGACAUCAUCUGUGACGUCACAUCAAGUGAAUGAAACAACCUGUCCGUCAUGUUUAUAAUAAGAAGCCACGUGAACCAAAGAGGAAGUGAAACACUGAUGAUGAUGAUGAUGAUGAUGAUAUUUUUCUAUAUUUUAAAUAAAGAAGAAAACUGUCA